AUGUCCGAAAAGUCGGUCGAGAAAUAUGCUGCCGACCAAGUCGAGGCGGUCGAUCGCAGGAAGAGCACUUCGGAAGAAGUCACCGAACUCAAUGGCAUCGAGGCAACUGCAGCAUCCAAAGCGGCAUGGCUAUUCUCCGUUACCGUCUCGGUGGGAGGUUUCCUUUUCGGAUACGACACUGGCUACAUCUCCUCGGUCCUCGUCUCAAUUGGAAAGGCGCUCGGCCAUCAACUGAGCUCGCAUGAGCAAGAACUCGUCACAUCCUUGACCAGCGGAGGAGCCCUGGUGGGAGCUGUGUUUGCUGGCCUUAUAGCUGAUCGUUUCGGCCGCAAAUGGCCUAUCUGGAGUGCCUGUCUGCUCUUCGUGAUUGGGACUGUCCUCCAGACCUGCGCCUAUCAUCUGGUCCAGUUCGCAGUUGGCCGUUUUGUAGUUGGCCUGGGGGUCGGUUCCGCGGCGAUGGUUUGCCCGCUUUACAUCGGCGAACUAGCACCUGCCAAAUAUCGGGGCCGAAUGAUCGCCUUCAACAACAUGAGCGUCACCUUUGGCCAACUAAUUGCUUCUGCUAUCGGAGCAGGCUUUCAGCACGUCCAUGGUGAGGGUUGGCGAGCAACUGUUGCCAUUGGAGCCGCACCUCCCAUUGCCCUUGCUGGGCUGCUUCUGCUGUGCCCAGAGUCUCCCCGCCAGUUAGUCUCGCAUAGAAAAUACGAGGCUGCAGAGGCUGUCUUACUGCAAAUUUAUCCAACCUCCACUAGCGACCAACGGCAGGCCAAGAUCAAGUCCAUCGAAUUGUCGCUCCAGGAAGCAACCAUGGCCAUGUCCGAGGACUCGCUCUGGGCAACGCUCAAGCGUAUCUUCACCACUCCAGCAACUGGGCGGGCUGUCCUUACCGCUUGCAUUGUUAUGGCCAUUAGCCAGCUAGGCGGUUUCAAUACUCUCAUGUACUAUGCUGCCACGCUUUUCAAGAUCGUGGGUUUUACCAAUGCUACAGCGGUCGCCAUCACCGUCUCUGGCACCAACUUCGUCUUCUCGAUCGUCAAUCUCGUUCUUGUCGACAAGUUUGGCCGCCGGGCGCUCCUUACCGUCACUGUUCUUGGUAUGUCGAUCUGCAUGAUGAUUGCCGCCGUCUCGUUCCACUACAUCCCCAUCAACAAGGACCUAGUUGUGGAAUCCGACCAUAUCGGUUGGCCGGCAACUCUCGUGCUCGUUGCCAUCAUCGUAUACGUGGCGUGCUUUUCGUCUGGAGUGGCUACGAUCGCGUGGAUCGGGACUGAGUUGAUUCCUCUCGAAGUCCGAGCCAUUGGAACCAUGCUGAAUACCGUGACGUGCUGGAGCACCAACAUCAUCAUUGCUUCCACGUUUCUUUCCAUCAUGAAAAGCGCGAGACCGGUUGGCACCUUCGGCUUGUAUUCAGCAAUAUGUUUCGUGGGCUGGCUGUUCAUUAUUUUCUGCUACCCAGAGUGCAAGGGCAUGCCGCUGGAGACGGUGCGAGAGGUUUUCAAGACCGGAUUUGGCGUCAGAUAUUCAAAACGGUGGCAGAGGGAGCACAAACAUCUCGCCAAGGUCAGCGCACAUACUUCCUUCGGCCAUUAG